CGUUUUGCUGGUAAAAGAAGUGGCUGUUUCAGUGAAGCACUGUUGACAAAGCAGAAGGGGCGGGAUCCAAGCUCCGGAAGCGUGGCCGCGGAGCGAGGCUUCCCGCGGCCGCGGCCGGAGGCCCCACGCUCGGGCGCCGGGCUCCCCGACAGCGGCUCAGAAGCGUGGACAUGUAAUGUCUCGGGCGAAACGUACGGAAGAAGCUGCUGCGACGCUCGCGAUACCUCGCACACGUUUGCUUCUGAAAUGAUUCGACUGCCGGUAACCCACCGGCCACCAACGCGGUCAUCCAGACUCUCAGCUCUGUGCACGCCAGGAGGACCUGCCCCCCAGACUCUGCUCGGGGCCCCGGACACUCCACCCAGGGACGAAGGCGGCGUCUCCUCCGCUCCGGGGCGCGCCUGCGAGGACACGCGAGCCUCGCCGGGGCGGUUUCCGCGCAGGCCCGGCCCCGCCGCCCAGGAACUGGCCCUCUGGCCAAGAUCUAAAGCAGAAGCGCCUUGCGUUCAACAAUAAUGGGAAGGGAGAUACGUGAAAGUUUGAAAAGAAAGAAAGGCUUUAAGGAGAGCGCGUCGGCCGCGCCCGCGCCCCUGACAUUUACGUCAAAACCUGCGCGGGGCGGAGAGCCGCCGCGGCGGGCGCUCCGGCGCAGGCGCGCGUCCCCGGGCCGAGGCCACGGCCCCGGGGCGGGGCUCCCGCCGCUCGGCCAAUCCGCGCCCUUGCCAGGGGCGCGGCCUCGGGGGCCCCGCCAGCCCCGGGGCGCUUCCGAGGCCCGCUACCUCGGCACGACCCUCCCUUUGUCUUUCCCCUUCUAAAGGGGGGUGCACUGAGGCUGGGACUUCUGUGCCUUGAAACCAAAUCCGGAGGACGGCCCCUGAGGGGCUUACAGGUCGGCGCCUCCACGAGCUGGCCGCCCCUCCUGGGCCGCGGUGGUGCGGCCCGGGGGGGUACCAAGGGGAGGACGGCGGGGGUCGCCGUCGCCCAGGGGCACACCCCCAAGUGGGCGGAAGUGGUACGGGCCGGAAGAUACCAAGGGGACGACCACGCGGAGGCGUCGGCAGCACACCCCCCCAGCCUGGGCGGAGGUGGUACAGCCCGGCAGGUGCCGAGGGGACCACCGCGGCGCCGUCGCCCAGCAGCGCCACCACCCCCGCCUGGGCACAGGUGGUACGGCCCGGAGGGGUGCCAAAGGGAUGACCCUGGGGGUCGCCGUCACCCAGGAGCACCACCCCCGCCGGGGCUGAAGUGCCCACGCCCGGCCCGCUGCCCGCAUGGCCGCAGCCUCCGGCCCCACGUCCCUGCCCCGCGCCGCCCGCCGCCGCCCCUGAGAUGUCGGCGCCCUCCAAGCCCGCGGCCCUGGCGGAGCUGGCCCCGGGCCCCGGCGAGAAGCCGGGGGGACGGCCGCUCCUGGCCUGGGGCCCCGUGUUCGGCCACCGGAGCGAGAAGAUCGCGUUUGGCCAGAGCGACGGCGGCCCCGAAGAGCACCUGCUCACGGUCACCGUCACCGAGACGACUGUCAUCGAGGCGGACCUGGGCGUGUGGGGCGCCCGCGCCCUCACCUACCUCACACUCUGGUUCUUCUUCAGCUUCUGCACCCUGUUUCUCAACAAGUACAUCCUGUCCCUGCUGGAAGGGGAGCCCAGCAUGCUAGGGGCCGUGCAGAUGCUGUCGACCACGCUCAUUGGUUGCGUGAAGACGUUCGUGCCCUGCUGUCUGCAUCAGCACAAGCCCCGGCUUUCUUACCCACCCAAUUUCAUCAUGACCAUGCUGUUCGUGGGUCUGAUGAGGUUUGCAACAGUGGUUUUGGGUCUGGUCAGCCUGAAAAACGUGGCGGUGUCCUUUGCUGAGACGGUGAAGAGCUCGGCCCCCAUCUUCACUGUGAUCCUGUCCCGGACAGUCCUGGGGGAGCACACCGGGCUGCUGGUCAACCUCUCCCUCAUCCCGGUCAUGGGCGGCCUGGCGCUGUGCACGGCCACCGAGAUGAGCUUCAACUUCUUGGGGUUCUCGGCCGCCUUGUCCACCAACAUCAUGGACUGUUUGCAGAACGUUUUCUCCAAAAAGCUCCUCAGCGGGGACAAAUACAGGUUCUCGGCCGCGGAGCUGCAGUUCUACACCAGCGCGGCGGCCGUGGCCAUGCUCAUCCCGGCCUGGAUCUUCUUCAUGGACUUGCCGGUGAUCGGGAGGAGCGGGAGGAGCCUCCGCUACAGCCAGGAUGUGGUGCUGCUGCUGCUGGCGGAUGGCGCGCUGUUCCACCUGCAGAGCGUCACAGCCUACGCCCUCAUGGGGAGGGUCUCCCCCGUGACCUUCAGCGUCGCCAGCACCGCCAAGCACGCCCUGUCCAUCUGGCUCAGCGUCAUCGUCUUUGGCAACAGAGUCACCAGCCUGUCGGCCGUGGGCACCGUGCUGGUGAUGGCCGGCGUCCUGCUCUACAACAAGGCCAAGCAGCAGCAGCGGGAGGCCAUGCAGAGCCUGGCGGCGGCCUCCAGCCAGUCCCCGGACGGCGGCUCCGAGCCGCUGCCCCCCCAGGACCCCCGGCCACGCCACUGAGCCCCGGAGCCUCGGGGGCACCGCGCACCUCCCCCCUCUCUGCUCACGGGGGACCCCCUUCACUUCUCCCCCUCCCUGGACGGCAGGUGGGGGGGUUGGCAGCCUUUCCCGCUCUUUUCUGGGGCUUUCAGUCAGAACUGGCGGGGACUCGAAUUGGGGUCCCAGAUGUCAGCCUCCUGGAGGGCAGACCACAGCUGCCACCGAGCCUUCGCCGAGCCACGUGACAGUCUGCUCCAGGUGGCCACUGCGCACUCCCUGCAGCCAGCCCAGGCCCCAGUUCCCCUGUGGGUGAUGACCACUCAGGACAGCUGUGUCCAAGGGCCAGCAGGCACCCUCCCCGCUUGGAGCUGGAGUAGAGCACUGGCGUCCCCGCACCAGCCAUCCGCGGCCGCCAGGGGAGUCUGUCCGCUGGGCUCAGACAGGCCAAGGCCCCCACUGCCCGGGCACGGAGGCCACAGCAGCAGGGCAGCGAGUGGAGAGGGGACAGAUGGGGUGCAGAAACCGGGGUCCCGGCUCCUGAGGAUGGGGUGUCCGGCCCUUGCCUCCUGCUCUUCCACCUGAAGUGGAGCUGCCCACGUCAGCACCGCUUAGGGAAAGUCACUCACAGAAGGAAGGCGACCCCACCUCUUUUCACGUCUGUGCUGCACCAAGCCCCCUGCCUCCCCGGAGUCCUGUCCCUCACCUACAGCUGGGGUGUCCCAGAGACCCAGACGGUUUCUGGCCUGAGGUUGCAGGCAGACCCCCCUCAGUGUUUGACUUGGGCGGGGGGCGGAUACUGUCCCUGAUGCUCGCCUGGGCGAGAAGCAGGCUAUUCUGGGGGGGCACCUGUCCCCCGCUUAGCUGGUCAGGGGCUUCUCCUUGUCUCAUCGACAAUGGUUUUAGGAUCUUCCCUCGUGAAGGAUGACAGGAUGAUUGUGGAGUGUUUACAGCUUUCGUUAUGCUGUGUUUAAAAUGACAGUAUAGGUUUUUAAACGGAAACACAGGCACAGGUGGCUUCUGGAAUGCAUCGUGUAUGCCAGGUAAACCACAGACCCAUGGCCUGGCCUGGCCCUCCUCCGCUGGAGAAGACAGACAGACAGCCAGGUGUUUGAGGCCUACAGGGGGUUGAGGCUCCACCUCUCACUUUACUCCUCGCCUCACAUCCUGUUGGGAUUUCUGAUCAGGACGCCGCCCCUCUCCCUCCUACCAGGCUCGAGCCCUCGGGCUUGUCAGGUGCAGCCCUACUCCAGACCGUGGGCUGGCCAUCUGGCCGUCUCCAGCCGCCCUGCAGGACAGAGCCACCCGCAGGACAAAUCGUUCCCCGAGUCUCAGGGAACAGUCCCUGCUGUUCGGGGCCUGGGCUCCCUCAUUGCUUCUCUGGGUUUCCAGUUGGCUUCUCAACUGGAAAAUAUAAAAUAGCCCGUCCUAGAGAUCAAAUCUCUUGGAAACAAAGAGCAAUAACUACAUCUCAUUAAAUUCCGCUGACUUUAAAAAGUUUGUCAUGAUGAUGGAUUAAAAGGAGGCCUUUUAAAAUACAAACCACCUUUUUAUGAAACAGACCUCCUGCUCCGGAGGAUGGCGGGUCACAUGAACCUUCAGUGCAGGGCUGGCUCCCGUGACUUUCCCAGGCUUUUUCCCUUUUCCUCUUUCUCUGCUUCUCCCCAAAACAAAACUAAAGAGGAUUCUUUAGUGGUGGCUGGGGUGGCAGGUUGGCGCAUUGCUCUGUGAGGACCAGAGGGAAAGCGCCGUUUCCUUGGGGCUGCUGCCUCUGCCCUUAGACUGUGGCCACCGCGCCCGCGACUGCUGGUGAGACGUUUACAGAAGGAGAGCGUCUGUGGUCACCCACAGCCGGCUGUGUCACCUGCGUGUGAUUGGGUGCCACUGCUUCCCGUGGAUGCGCCCCUCCCUCCUCUCUCAGCCUGUUUUGAUUUUCUAGAUUUGGGGACCAGAAAGAUUUUCCUAAAUUAUUAGUAAAUGAGGCAGUUUCAAGCAGAGCUGCUUUUGAGACUCCUCAUCCUGGGUGGGAGACCACAGAACACGUGCUACGGCCGCAUUCCAUGUGUGGCUCCCCCCCUGAGUCCACGUGUUGGGCGUUUCCGGGACAGCCCUGCGCCCAGAGUCAAAACCCGCAGCCUGGCAAUGGCACUUGUUUGAUAGCCCUACAGAUAUGUUUUUUAAUAACUUUGUUUAGUAGUUUUCUAGUGUGUUCUUUUCACGGAACUGUCGCAGAUGUGCUUGUGUAAACGUUGACACUGGGUGUCGUGUGUUGCCUUGGGUCCCGCCCUCCUGUGCCCGUGGUCGUUGUCCGUGCCUUUGUAAACAGACACUUGAACCAGGCUUCCGAAUCUUACAUAGAUACUUAGAGAUGUAGAGAUCUCUGGCUUUCCAGGAAAUUUCCACUACUGAGUGGCGUAAAAGGCUUUUUUAAUAAGAAUUCUGAUAGUCGUUUCCUGCAUAUCAGCUUUAAAAUCAUCUGCCUUGGAAAGCUGAGAAAACUCUUGCACAAUCCAAAAUGUGUCUUUAAUUUGAAUCAAACAGUAAAAAAGUGCUGCACAAAGAGUAUCUGCCACGGAGCCGUGCUUGUCGCCGACACUUGGCCUCCCGUGUGGCACUGACUGUCCCAGGGAUGGUCAUUUGUAGGUGGGCCUGUGGGGACCACAGAAGUGCAACAGGUCUUUUUACAUCUCUCCAGGGGAUAUGCUUCCUGAGGCCUUGAAAGUAUUUUCACCGUUUUCCUGGGUUAGAAAAAUUAAACAAGGAUGUCGUUACAGGUAGAAAACCCCUUCUCUCUUUUAGCCUUUGACCAAUGUUGUACUAAGUGCUCUGUUCUUUUCCAAAACACGUAGAUACCCUGGUUGGGACUCUUCAUUUUCUUAGUUAUAAAUAAAAACGUCCCAGCUCCUCUGA